AACAAUAAAAAUAAAAAAAACACUUAAAUGAAAUUACAAAAAUACUCCUCCCCGUUUUGACUCGCCACUAAACUCGCUUUUAACUCUCUCUCUCUCUCACACACACACACACACACAGACGCGAACUUUUUUUUUUUUUUCUAAUUAAUGGAGGCGACUGAGGUUGGAGUGGGCGGGUGCGACGACGUUCUCGAUACGGCCGAUCCGCCACGUGUUGGUUCCACCGUUGACACUGCCUCCGCAAGUGUUGGAGCUAGGUACAAGCUCAUGUCGCCGGCCAAGUUACCGAUCUCGCGCUCGCCCUGUAUUACGAUCCCUCCUGGCCUCUCUCCGACGUCUUUUUUGGAGUCCCCGGUUCUUCUCUCUAAUGUCAAGGCUGAACCUUCCCCAACAACUGGUUCACUUUUUAAACCUCAGUCAGUUCAUGCAACUGCCGGUUCCGGUACAUAUUUGGCUACAACAGUUUGUUUAAAUAAGUCAAAUGAAGGACAAUCCAAUUGUUUUGAGUUUAGACCCACUUCUAGAUCAAAUAUGGUUCCUGCAGAUCUUAACUGCCAAAGAAGUGAGCAACAUAUGCAAACACAAGGUCAGUGCCAAAAUCUGCCCCUUGCUUCACCUACCAUUAAAAGUGAGAUGGCCGUCUUGUCAAAUGAGUUGAAUCUGUCAGCACCUCUUCAGAUGGGUACUUCAGGGGCUACUGUGCCUCUUGAAGUUGAUGCAGAUGAUCUAAAGCAGAUAGGGAACCCAAGUAGUAUGAUCCAGCCAUUACAUGCUGACUAUAAAGGGAGUGGGUCUUCUGUUCCAGCUGAUGAUGGAUUUAAUUGGCGUAAAUACGGUCAGAAGCAUGUUAAAGGGAGUGAAUUCCCACGCAGUUAUUACAAAUGUACACAUCCUAAUUGUGAAGUGAAAAAGCUAUUUGAGCGUUCUCAUGAUGGGCAGAUAACAGAGAUAAUAUACAAGGGAACACAUGAUCAUCCUAAACCUCAACCAAGCCGUCGAUAUUCUGCUGGUACCAUCAUGUCCAUCCAAGAUGAAAGAUCUGACAAACUUUCGUCUCUAACUCGUCGAGAUGAUAAGUCACCUAGCAUGCCUGGUCAGAUGUCACAUACCAUGGAGACAAAUGGCCUAUCUGAUCUGUCACCUGCAGCUGCAAAUGACGAUGGUGCAGAAGAGGCUGAGGGUGAUGAUGAUGAUCCAUUUUCAAAGCGGAGAAAGUUGGACACCAUGAUGGCUGAUGUCACUCCAGUGGUCAAGCCCAUCCGGGAACCACGUGUAGUUGUUCAGACAGUUAGUGAGGUUGAUAUACUAGAUGAUGGAUAUAGAUGGCGCAAAUAUGGACAAAAAGUGGUGAGAGGAAAUCCUAAUCCUAGGAGUUAUUACAAGUGCACAAAUGCUGGAUGCCCGGUUAGAAAGCAUGUGGAGAGGGCAUCACAUGAUCCAAAAGCAGUUAUAACAACUUAUGAGGGGAAGCACAAUCAUGUUGUACCUACUGCAAGAACAAGUAGUCAUGACACUGCUGGACCGCCAGCUGGGGCUGGACCCUCGAGGAUUGUAGCAGAAGAAAGUGACACAAUUAGCCUUGACCUUGGGGUUGGGAUCAGUUCUGCUGCGGAGAAUAGAUCAAAUGAGCAGUCACAGGCACUGCAUUCUCAACUUGCCCAAGUUCAACCUCAUGCUAGCAGUUCCAAUUUUAAAAUAAUUCAAGCAACCCCAGUGACGACAUAUUAUGGUGUCUUAAACGGUGGCAUGGAUCAAUAUGGUUCAAGAGAAAAUCCCAUUGACCGGCGUAGAAUCAACAUUCCACCAUUGAACCAUUCUUCUUACCCCUAUCCUCAAAACAUUGGAAGAAUACUUAUGGGUCCCUGAAUUUCUUCUCACGACGCUGAUGAAAAUAAAAAUCAAAAAAAGUUGCUUUGAGUAUUUCCUUUUCUUCCUUUCAGCUAGUAAGAAAGACAAAAGGGGAUAGAAUCCUGUUUGGAAAGCAUGAAUUUUCUGUAUGUGAUACUUGCCGUAUGGGCUGAUGAUAAUGGUGUUGUUAAAUGCCGCAUUUGCUAAAAGGCCUUCCCACUUAUAAAUGUUUACUGUCCGUAUUAACUUCUCAGAGCUCAAUGCUGUGUACAAAUGUGAAACUGAUACUGGUAUUAUUUUUCUUGAAAGAAAAACAGUAUUGUAAAACAAGUUAGGGAAAUGGAAUUUGUAAGAAAUGUAUUCCAUACGGUGUUUUUGUAUGAACUUUUGAGAGAAGUAAUCGAGACUAUUAAUGUUGUGUUA